AACGAUACGGGCUUUCCCAUGGCUAUUCUUCAUUUAGAAGGUAAAGGAAGAAAAACAACCAAGGUUGCAGUACAUAAUGUUGCAGAACCAAGCUUAAGAUGUGCUAUAGGUAUACAACAAAAUAUGAACAGUUGACAAAAUAACUGGUCUCAAUAACUUGUAUCGGAAGAACAAUCUACAGGGUCACCUCAGUUAAAUGGUAACCAGUGCUUCUUUCUGUGGAAAAAGGAAGCGGCAACUCCUGAAGAGUACCGGCACAACCAGGGAGGGGUGUGUUCAAGGCAUGGAAAGAGUUCAGUCCUCUGUUGCAUGGUAUCAACAGAAGAUUGGAUCAUACGACAAGCAGCUCUGGGAACAGUCAGUUGAACAGAAAGUUAAGAAUCUCCACCAAGCCCCACGGCGGGUCGUCCAACCAAAGACAGAGCUUAUCGAUGUAGACCUGGUGCGUGGUUCGACGUUUACAAAGGCGAAACCGCAGGUGCCAUGGACAUAUAUCACAAUCAAGACUUUCAGCAGGGUUGUGCUCUUCCCUUUCCAUUACAAAUGGUGGAUCCAGCAGACGUCGCUGUUGUUCACAUGUUUCCUCAUGGUGCUCUACACACUGCAGAUGUUCACAAUCGUGGUCUUCUUCAACAAUGUAGGGGAUCAGUUGACUCAGGAUGAGCAGUCUCUGAGUGAGGUUGCCAUUCCGUUCAUUCUUAUGGUGCUUCUGGGUCUUAUCCACUCACAGACGGUGCUGACACAUCUGAGGCCCCCUGUGAGGGACAACAAGAGGGAUGGUUGGAGAAGGAAGAGAUCUCUUUCACAAAAUCGCGGGAGCAAUAGUACUGAAGGCUUGGCUUCUGGCGUUACCGUGGUAAAUGAUGGUGGAGCAUCUCCCAGCCAAUCACGAUCAAGCAUGAAAGGUCACAAAGGUUCAAGACCUCUAAGGGAGAGAACAAAGGAACGAAGAGUUAGAUUAAAGGCCAGUAAUCCACGCCAGAAUUUGAGACGCGAUAAUAAUGUUGAUAAGCCUUCCCAGGAAUCCGAUGCGGCUUAUCACACACUUGAUGCGAGUGAUUCUGUUCCGGAGAGGGCCUCAUCCAUUGAACAUGAUUCAAAUGAGAGCGAAAUUAAAGGUCAAGUAUCAAGGAAAAAUGACGCUACUCGUAAGCCUGAAAUCUUGCCGAAGGUUGUUGUGAAUGGUUGUGAGGUGACGAAUAUCGACUUCAGUAAGGUGCGCGAAAGCCAAGAAAGUGAUUUUCCUGAGCGUUCAACUUCUGAAGACGAAAAGGAUUGUAUUAAUGUCCAUGGUGACGAUAAGUCGAAAAGAUCCAGUCAGUCCAUCUCUUCAGACAAUGAAGAUGUCAGAGGUAUCUCUGAGAUGGAGAGAAAAAACUUUAGGUGCAAUGGAAAUGUCCCCGAAAAACAAAUUGAUAAUGUUGUUCAAAAAAAUGCCUUAGAAAUGAAAACUUCUUUUGAAGGUGUUUCAGUAAAUGUUAGUAUUGAUGCAUCUGCAGAGACACUUAAGGAAGCAUUGGAAACCAAUAGUGAAAGCUCUUUCUUAAAUCUGUCUUUAAGCAACUCUUCAAUUGAGGAACCCAUAAACAAUGUUAUUGAUCUAAAAUUAUUGACCAAUGAAAAUUCUAGUCAGACUAGCCUCCCUGAAUCUGCUAAUAGUCCAAAUGUUAAGCAGAGGACUUACAGGAAAAUUAAUCAGAAAAGAUCUUUGUUGAAUGCUGAAGAUAAUACAAAGAGUUCUCCCUCUUCUGAAAGUUCAACUGUACAAUUCACAGCCGAUCUUGUCCAGCUAAGGGAAAUAACUCCAAUAAGCUCAAGGGAGAGCACACCAACCCAUACCCAAUCAGAUUGCUUGUUACAAGCUCAGAGAGUAAUAAGGGGAGGUAAAAACUUAUGUGAUAAAACUGACACUGAUACAGAAUCUGAAAAUGAAAGAUCUGCGAAAAUCUUGCCAAAUAGACGUCGUAAGGUGUCUAGUCCAGUUCUGGAAUCGCAGUCUUGUGAUUCUACAGGCCUACGAAACAGGAGACAGCCAGGGUUACCCCUACUAGAGGCCAAAACCAACAGUAUGACAGCACCGAGUUCAUCUGAAGGGGAAACAGAAGGGCAUAGCUCGGAGUACAGCAGAAGUGGCAGAAGGGGUCGGACGGCAAGCUCGGAUGAGUGGGGGGACCAUCUUCAAUCGGACGUCGAGUCAACAUCGGAAGAAACCUCGCAGUCAUCGCCGGAGAUCUCCGAAGAGGAACACAUCGACGAGGAAUCGGGGAGUGAAGCCGCUAUCACUAUGACUACCAGCCAGGCACAUGCCUUCAAUCUGCUCACAUCAUCCACAGCCGUAAAUUCCCAUCCACCCGAUAAAGUGACCUGUAUUAUUUGGGAGCGGAAUGAAUGUAAGAAAGUUGAGCUGACGGCCCUCGAUAUUGGCUGGGCUAUCAUCGAAACUGUGGACAAAAUCCCAGAAAGCUCAGACUACAUUCUCAUUGGCCUGGCGUUUUCUGUUAUAAUCAGCGUCACCCCGUUGUGUUUUGUUGCCUUCCACACCAAAGACCUACCUAGUGUUGCCAGCUGGGACAUUUUCUCCAUGUUCUUUGGCUGGGGCGCGUCAAUCUCAUGGAAGGAAAUGCUGAUCCAUAUCAAUGCAGUCAUACAGAGGUUUUUUCUCAGCGCUAUAUUCUUCUUCCUUCUCUCUGUGGCCGAUAGAACAUUUAAACAGAGACUGUUAUACGCCAAGCAUUUCUGUUACCUGACGUCCUCUAGACGAGCCCGGAAGUUUGACUUACCCCACCUUCGUCUCAACAAAGUGCGGAAUAUCCGUACAUGGCUGUCGCUAAGAUCAUAUUUGAAGAGGCGCGGUCCCCAGAGGUCAGUAGAUGUUAUCGUGUCCUCGGCCUUCAUGUUAACACUCAGCAUGCUCAUCCUGAUGUGCCUACAGCUUUUAAGAGAGGCAGACACCUACCUGAAUUUCUUAGUCAACUGGGAACUACUUUUAUGGUGCAUGGCGCUGGGUGUAUACCUACUCCGGUUCAUGACCCUGGGCCUCAGGAUCAACAAGAAGUACCGGAACUUGUCCGUACUGAUCACGGAGCAGAUCAACCUGUACCUGCAGAUGGAGCAGAAGCCACACAAGAAGGAAGAGCUCAUGGUGGCCAACAAUGUCCUCAAACUGGCUGAAAGCCUGCUCAAGGAGUUGGAGAGCCCAUUCAAGAUCUCCGGAAUAUCUGCCAACCCGCUUUUCCUGAACGUAACCAAAGUCGUUGUCCUAUCUGCCUUCUCCGCUGUUCUUACUGAGCUCCUGGGAUUUAAGCUGAAACUCUACAAGAUCAAGUUAAGAGCUUAACUGCGUUGGGAUUAUUCUUAAAGAUUCCCUGAACGUGACCACAUGUUGUUGUCCUUGCUGCGUUUUCUGCAGUGCUAACACGGCUUCGGGAUUCAAGCUCCAUUUCCAAAUUAUUAAGCUUAGAGCUUUAACAAGUGCUGGAAUGGAGUUUAGAGCUUAAACUACAGAUGGUUUGAAGCUUAGAGCUUAAACCAUACCAAGUUAAAACAAAAGUUGUUGUUGAGCUUAAAGCUGUAAAUGAAACGAAACUAAGUCAUAACGCUACUGGUAUAUGACAGAAUUAGGCCAAUAUAGAGCCACAAUUAUGAAUAAAUCUAAGGAAAAUAACAGCAGGUACAGGGGAGCUUAGAGCUUAAGAUAUUGUAUGGUUUUGAUGAAGUGUUAUAAGAUAAGACUGGGAUUUUUCAAUUACGAUGUUGGGAGUAGAGCUUAAAUGAAUGAACUUGCACUAGUUCAGUUAAGCUAAUGUUUAUCUGAGAAGUUCAGUUAUAAAGAAUCAUGACAAGAUCAUGUUUAGAGCUUAAACUGCAGUCAGGAUAGACCUUAUCUGACAGGAAGACAGCGCUAAUGUUUGAAACCCAUUCAUGUAGAUUCGUGGUUCGUGUUUGUGUUUAUACAGAUAUUUUGUGUUUUACUUCGUUGACAAUCAUGACUUGAUCGAUUUUUAAAAAAAAAACAAUUUAUCUGUCUUCAUGUAGAUAAUGAUUUUGUUAUAUACAUGCAUUUAUUGUCCACCAUUUGUUUUGGUGAAUUAUCAUACAAAAUACAUUUAAAGUGGAACCCUGUUGGCUCGAACUCCCAGGGAUCAGCAAAUAUACCUCUAGCCUUGGGAAAUUUGAGCCAAGCGGGAUUCUCUACAUUCGAUGGAAACAAAUCAGUCCUUGACUUCCAGGUCUAACCAACAAGGAAAUCGAGCAAUGCGAGUUUGAGUGAACGGGGUUCGGCUGUAGUUAAAUGAACAUUGAAUGUAUUUAUCCAUUCUAUUUUACUUCAACCAAUUGUAUAAAAAAAACUUGUUAACUCUUUAGUGUGGUUAGUUUAUAGCCAAAAUGUUUGUGAUUGGUCAAUAUUAUCUGAUAAUGACUACCGACCAGUGAAAUCGUUUUAAUGUUUAAAUUAGCCAAAAUAUAACCGGUGGACAAUGGAUUUAAGUUUUUUUUACAAUUGGAUGAUGUUUGUUGUUAAAUAUUGUAUUUGAGUUUAUAUGUCAAUUAAUGUGAUUAACUCCUUACUACAUGUAUAUUUUAUUUGAGUCUUUCCCGAUAGUUACUGUUCGUUUUGAAUGUUUAAAAUAUUGAAAUGCUGACUUUGCCGCGCAUCAUGAUAAUGUUCACGAAUAAGGGCCAGUACAGUUACUGUUGUUAUAUAAGCCACAUUAAUGUUUUAUUUCAAAAAUGGAAUUCCUUGUAAAUGACUUUUACAGUGUACCGGUCGAUUGUUCAAUUUCAAGAGCGUUAAAAUUCAUUAAAAAAACAUGAAAGUCUAUCCAGUUCUGAAUAUAAACAAUAGUGAAUUAUUAAUAUACUACAGCGAAUUGUUUAAAAAUGGUAAUUAUUUGUUGGUUUAGUAAAAGUUUUUUGAUUGGUCAAUAUUGAUAAUAAAAAAAUACUGUUAACCAAUCAAAUUGCUUUUUGUGUGCAAACUACCAGUAUUCAAAGGACCUGAGGAAAACAUAUCCAGUUUUAUUCAAUAGGCUGCAUAUGUUAACUGAUGAUAUGAAGGAAUAACAUCGCAAUUAUUAAACAUUGGAAAUUGUACUUGUUCUUAAAAAAAUCCAUAAAAAAACUUAGCAAAAUUGAAUUAUUCUACAGUGAUUAAAAUUAUGUAUGUUCAUUGAAUUGCCAAUUGUUUAUUUGCAGUUUACAUAGGUCAUAUAAUGACCCAUAUUUUAUAACAUAGAUAUGUAAUUUUUAUGUAUUUUAUGUUAUUUCGAAGACCGGUAUUAAAAUAUGUGUUUCUUUGUUCUUUGACAAUUAAUUCGAGAAUUGAAUUUUGUUGUUAUAUCCGGUCAAUAUUUGUAAAUAGUUUUAUGUUGCAUUUCCAUGCCUUUUGGUGUAAAAUAUAAUUAUAUAUUGAGAGCCGUAAGCAUAUGAUUGUAAUCAGUCGCUCAUGUUUAAAAAAUAACAACAUUUAUGACAUUGUAUUAGAAUUACAUAUUUUCUUUCAUCAUUUAUUGGAUGUACGUUAUAAUUGUUUGUCAAGUUGUUUUUUGGUGGAUAUUGCGAUGUAGUUAAAAGAUGUCACUUGUAUUUAAUAUAAUUAUAUGUUUAUUACUAUUGAUUGCUGCUUUUAUUUUGGGUGAAAUAUUAAAGAAUACAUCUUUUGGGAAAUUCAAAACUGAUUUUUAGCUAGUCUGUGUUUCAGAGAAAACAGGUAGUGGGAUUGUUAUUACCUUUGGUAUUGCUGCCAUUGGCAUCAUCAUCGGGCAAAAACGUUAACCCUGGCCAUAACUCAAAAACAAUUCAAACCAUUCAAAUGAAACUUGGUACACUUGCCAGAGACAGUAUAUAACUGUAUAGCAGGGCACAUUACUCUGUCUUUUAACAUUGUUGAGUUAUUCCCAUUGUCAACUGAAGGAAAAAAAUAAUAGACAACUGUUGGCUUUUGUGGCCAUCUUGUCUGCUAUGAUAGAUAACAUAAAUUGUAAUGCAGAACCCUAAUAAUAAUUCAUAUCAACAUGUUGUCAUUAAAGAUAUUAAAUUCCUGCAUAACUUGUUAAAAAAUAAAUUGUUUGGAAGAAAAGCCUCACAAAUAUAAAUGAAUCUACGGUAGUGACCUAUAUCUUGAUCUCAGUAUUGAUGAAUGAUAGCGAGAAUGUUCUAAGUGACGUUAAUAAUAGAAGCACUUAGAAGUUUUUCGCUUCCAUUCCUCCAUAUAUGUUUCUGUGAAUUGCCAAUGAGGUGCAAUAUUAUAAGUUAUGGGUUAAGUAGGUGACCCGAUAUGGGAUAUAUGAUGGGGCAAAGGAAACCAUAUUAGGUGAGAACGGAGCUAGAAUCCUGAAUAUGGUUUCCUGUGCCCCGUAUAUCCCACAUAGGGUCACCUACUAACCUUGUAAGGUAUGUAUCAUGUUGAUAACCUGUUUGAAUUAGUCAAUUAAUGUGAAAUGUUUCAUUUAUUUACCAGAAUCAGAAAAAAGAUGAAUUUUUUGUAGGAUAAAAAGAUUGGUGACCCAAUAUGGAAUGAUAUGGGGGCCCAGCUUGACCUGUUCUGGACCAAUGGCCUUGCCUCAUUCAUGUUGGAGGCUUGAUAUAGCCAUAUUUUAGAUAGUAUAGUAAUAUGACACCAUUUCUGGUUUUAAUUAUUUCAUGCAAAUGUAAGUUUGUUUAUGUGCCGAUUGUUAAGAACUUUGUUAAAGUUAACAACAUGAUUAACGACAGUUAGUUGUUAACUUUGAAACAUGAAAUAGUUGAUAAUAUGCUCAUAUAUUUAAAUAAAACAAGUUCAGCUGACACAGCUGUCUCAGAGCUUGUUACAAAAACUGCAGAUCUCAAGUGUGUCCGUUAAACUUCCAGAGCAGUAAAAAAAUGAAAGUUAACAACGAUUAUGUUAACAAUGUUGUUAAUUUAAACAAAGUUUUUGAACAAUCUGCCCAAUGUGUCAUAAAGUGUUCAUCUGGUUUCAGACCCAGUCAUGAAUUAUCUUUUGCCUGGCUGGAAUUUCCUGUGCUAAAAGUUUUGCGGCAAACCAGUGCAAAUGAUUUCUGUUCUUAUUUGGAUUUAUUGUAUUGUUUGGUGUUGAUAUUGUAAUAUCAUUAUAUUUUUAGUAAAACAAUACAAAUAUUGUACAGUGUAAUAUUUUUCUUUGUUAAAACUUGUAUUAAAUAUUAAAGACCUAACAUUUGUUUUAUUGUCAGUAGCUGUAUUAAUUCAAAAUGUCAUAUGUUUUCUGUAUUUACAAUUUAUGUAAAGGUUAUUUUGUCUCAUUUGUAAACUGUAUACAUUUCAAAUUGAUUGAUCAGAAAUUCAUUACUUUAACAAAUGUCUGAAUGAUAAUGCAUUUGUGUGUUAUGAAACAUUUUCAAUAUAGAUUUGAUGCAUUUGAUCAUAAAUAUUUUAAUAAUUUAUAAUGGUACAUAUGACAGAUUAUGGAUUUUUUUCAGUUUGUCAAACAGAUGUCUUCUUUUUUCAUAUACCAGUAUUAACUCAGUUGUCUGGAGAUUUCAGAUGAUUUUCAUCGACGUUUAUGGAGGAUAAUUGUUCGUUUCAGUGUAAGAUGGCAACAUAUUUCACGAGAGGCAUAGUAAUAAGUGACAUAUUUACUUUGAUGCUCAAGGAUAUAAAAUGAUGGAUAACUGUAUCUUUUUUCUCAGAAAAGCGUGCAAAUAUCAUUUCGAAAAUGACGUUGUUGAAAUUGUUUUCCAGUCCUAAGGGCAUUAAACUUUGACUUUGGUAAAAAUAUUGAAAUAGUGACAAAUAUCAAAUUAUUAUAAGUUAAAAAUAUCAUUUGUAUUUCACUGUUAAUCUCCAGAAAGCAUAUUUUAAAAUAUAUUCCUGAGAAAAAUCAUUGUCCAUCAUUUGCUUAUAUGUAUUUUGUCGUUAUAACAUUGCAAAUCAUUAUUACUGCUAUAUUUUAUAAAGGUUUUCAUUUUUAAACAUUCAUAAUGGACAUAAAACAAAAUGGUUCCAUCUUUUUUUAGUGCAAGAUUUUGCUUCACUCUCUGCAUUAAAUCAUUUAAUAUGUCAAGUUCUUAAAGUUUCUUGUAUUUUGGCUUCUUUCCAUUUCGGUCCUUGUGUUUAUUUUGUAAUCCAUCUUUUGUGCAGACGGAUUAGUUAUUUUUGGUUUGAUUGUUUAUUUUGUUAUUUUUGGUUGGUUUGUUUAUUUUGUAAUCCAUCUUUUGUGCAGAUGGAUUGUCAAUUUUUGUUUGUAUUUUAGUACACUUCAUAUUCUGUUGUAUUUGUAUAUUAGUAAUGUAAUUUGAUGUGAUUUGUUUGGUUUUAAACACCUGAUUUUAGCUCACCCGAGUAUGGAGCUUGAAAAUGUUUAUAAGCUGUGUUUUUCUUCACAUAUCUCAGAUGAGCGAUUCAGAGUCAUCAUGGCCCUCUUGUUUGGAUUCAGGGUCAUCAUGGCCCUCUUUUUAGAUUCAGUGUCAUCAUGGCCAUCUUGUUUGGAUUCAAGUCAGUAAUUAAUGCUAGGGAUAUGUAACAUCAAGAUGUACCGUUAAUGUCCUAAUGAAUUUGCAUGCCCUAAUAAAUUGCAGGGGAUCUCUUCGAGGAUCAAUUUUUGAAAUUUUGAGACUUGAACAAUGCUUGCCUUAGCUGUGAACUUUGAAAAAAAUUCAACUGUUUCCUAUGAAAAUCAUUGCUUCUCCAUCACUUAAUUAAAUCUAUGAGAUAGACCCCUUAAGCGAGAAAAUAUUUCACUGUUAUUUCAUUAUGAUAAACAAAAAAGAAACACGAUUCGAACACAUUUUGAAAAACUUGUCGCCAACACAGAGUAGUUUUUUGUUUGGGUAAUUUAAGCAGGGUGAAUGUAUUGCUUUAACAUAAAUUAUAAUACGCACAACUUUGUAUUAAAAGUUAUUUAUUUGCAUCAAAUUUUACAUUGUUAUGAAAAUUUAUUAUGCUAUAGUUUAUUUUAUUUGUGUAUUUUUUCACUUGCAAAGGUAAUUUCACACACAACAAUUAAUCAAAUGUAUACAUAUACAACCGUCUCCGUGGCCUUGUGGUUAAGGCGUCCGCCUACGGAGCGGGAGGUCGAAGGUUCGAGUCUCACAAGGGGCUUGUUCUGACAUGGCCGGUUGCCGACCCAGCAGCUAGUUAAAUCUAGGGGUACCGAUUGCCUUCCUGCCAGGCGCCUGGCAUUUGGGAUAAGGAAUCGGGGUAAAGAUGUUUACGAAUGUAGGUGUCUCAUAAGCCCAACGGGCUGGCCCUUAACUAAGAGGGGUGACACUAUAAUAAACAAACACUUUCCUUUACUUUUAUACAAAUAAAUCUCCGCUCAUGCUUUUUAUUUCCUAAAUAAUGUUAGAAGUAAUAUAUAGCACAGUGUGUUCGCUGUAAUACUGGUAUAUUCAUCAUUCUUAAAAUGAGAUGAAUUAUAAUAAAGGUUGAGUUCAUGCGUAUUAUAUUAUUGUUAGUCAAUGUUAUAAUGUUGUGAAAAAUUAAAGGAUUAAAUUUUA